AUGGACCCUCAAAAAUGUACAGCGUAUCCAUCGCUGGCUACUGUGGAGCAACUCAUCAUCCGCGAGAAGCGAGGCAACUGUGUCCCAAUAUUCAUUCAGCUUCCUGCAGAUCUCAUCACACCAUGCAUGGCAUAUCUCCGAAUAGCCAAAGACUCCAAGUACAGCUUCCUGCUAGAGUCAGUCAUUGCGGGGGAGAACAUCGCCAGAUACAGUUUCGUCGGCGCAGAUCCACUGAAGGUCAUUAAGACUGGCCCGAACGAGGAGAUUCAGGGAGAUCCACUUUCUGCUCUACAACGAGAGCUCGCCGUUCACCAAUAUAUAAAAAUACCCGAAAUUCCAACCUUCACCGGAGGCGCCAUCGGAUAUGUGUCCUAUGACUGUAUACACUACUUCGAGCCCAAGACUGCGCGGGAUCUCAGCGACCCUUUAUUAAUCCCGGAGUCUGUGUUUAUGCUUUGCGACACCCUUCUCGUAUACGAUCACCUAUUCCAAUCUAUCAAGGUUGUCUCUCAUGUCUUCUAUCCGAAAGACGCCGGCACCACGAACCUCCCAUUCGUAUAUCAGACCGCUCAGUCAAAAAUUCGUCGGCUAGCAAAAGCACUUUUGAGUCAAACAACUCCAGAAGUACCACAGCCUCCCAUUACCUUAGGAAACCAAGCCGUGUCCAACGUAGGCAAGGAAGGCUACGAGUCAUUUGUAACCAAGCUCAAGGAACACAUUGUCGCUGGCGAUAUCAUACAAGCAGUUCCAUCUCAACGUCUUGCCCGUCCAACAAAUCUACACCCCUUUAAUGCAUAUAGACAUCUUCGCCAAGUCAACCCUAGCCCCUACACGUUUUAUCUGGAUUGCGGAGAAUUACAAAUAGUCGGCGCCAGCCCGGAGACUCUAUGUAAAGUGGAAGGAAACAAGGUCUAUAACCAUGCCAUUGCUGGGACGGUCAAGAGAGGCAAGACUCCAGAAGGUCGGACCGUAAAGCUUGCCGAACAGCUCUCUUCAUCCGAAAAGGACCGAGCAGAACAUAUUAUGCUUGUUGAUCUCGCCAGAAACGACGUAAAUCGGGUUUGCAAGCCAGAGACUGUGAAAGUCGAUCAUCUUAUGGCGGUACAGAAAUUUAGUCACGUCAUUCAUCUGACGUCCCAAGUGUCGGGAAUGCUGAGGGAAGGCUUCACGAGGUUCGAUGCUUUCCGUUCCAUAUUCCCUGCGGGAACUGUAUCGGGAGCUCCCAAGAUCAAAGCUAUCGAAUUAGUUGCCGGACUAGAGGGGGAACGGAGGGGAGUAUAUGCUGGUGCCGUCGGACGUUUCGACUUCGCCGACGACGAAAUGGACACAUGCAUUGCCAUUCGUACGAUGACAUUCAAGGACGGUGUCGCCUACUUGCAGGCAGGAGGAGGCAUCGUUUUCGACAGUGUGGAAGAAGAGGAGUAUGUAGAGACCAUUAACAAGCUGGGGGGUAAUCUACGAGCACUGACUGAUGCUGAGAAAUACUGGAGUGAGGUUCAAUCAUCAUAG